UGCUGAUGUUAUUGUGUCUCACUUCCGCAUAGAGAAUGCCAGCUCAGAGAGGAUGCUGUACAGUACAGCCAGCGCUAUAUUUGUAGCUAAUGCACAUAAAAUAAUGUCAGUUAUGGCUGUUUUUCUAUAGAGAUCUGAAUAUGUGUGAAAUGUUCGCGUUUGAUCGGUGAUCAUUGUUAAGCUUAGUAAAACAGUAGUUUAAUAUCGGAGUGGUCGUGGCCCUUUUCGGAGCUGUUAUGCUAGCUGUUAUUUAUUGAAGAGAAUCAGUGAUGUGCAGGAAAUCGGAUGGCACUGGUGUUUUCACUGCAGGUCCUGCGAGCUGAAGAUAAAACACAGCCGUGUUGUUGUAAAAUGUCAACAACAUCAUGAACCUGAAAAAGUCUAGAAAUAUCGGAGCCUCCUCCAUCUCCUUGGAUGGGGUUGGAAAAGAUGCUGACUCUAAGAGGAAGAGGAAGAUGGCGGAGAUCACACAGGCUCUGAACGCGACACCUGUCGACGUGGCCACACUGAGGAGGAUGGCCAUCAGUGAAGGAGGGCUCAUGACCGAUGAGAUCCGCUGUAAAGUCUGGCCUCAUCUACUGAACGUCCCUGUAGACAGCAUCCCUGAAAAACUUGAUGAAGUGGAUAGAGAGAAUAAUAAGGACUACAACCAGGUGCUGUUGGAUGUGCAGAGAUCCCUGAGACGCUUUCCUCCAGGUAUGCCUGAUGAGCAGAGGAUGGGACUGCAGGAGGAGCUGAUCGACAUCAUCCUGCGCGUGCUGCAGAAAAACCCCCAGCUGCACUAUUACCAGGGCUAUCACGACAUUGUGGUCACCUUCCUGCUCGUGCUGGGAGAACGCCUCGCCACUGCGCUGGUGGAGAAACUCUCCACACACCAUCUCAGGGACUUUAUGGACCCCACCAUGGACAACACAAAACACAUCCUCAACUACCUUAUGCCGAUUAUAGACCGAGUCAACCCAGAGGUGUACGACUUCAUGCAACAAGCCGAGGUGGGCACCAUCUUCGCCCUGAGCUGGCUCAUCACCUGGUUCGGCCAUGUAUUAUCAGAUUUCCGCCACGUAGUGCGGUUAUACGAUUUCUUCUUGGCCUGCCAUCCACUGAUGCCAAUUUAUUUUGCUGCUGUGAUCGUCCUGUAUAGGGAGGAGGAGGUGCUGGACUGUGAGUGUGACAUGGCCAUGAUGCACCACCUGCUCUCUCAGAUCCCUCAGGAUCUCCCCUACGAGACCCUGAUCAGCCGAGCCGGAGAUCUUUUUGUACAGUUCCCUCCGUCUGAGCUGGCAAAAGGAACGACUCAGGAGCGCACUCAGCAAACGGCCGUGUCCACCUUCAGAGACUUUGAUUUGGCCUCAGCGCAGCAGCGGCCUGACACAGUCCUCCGCCGCAGGCGGAGAGAGCAGCAGCAGCAGCAGCAGCAGCAUGGCGGCACCAUCGAUGCUCAGCAUGGCACCAUGGCCGUGAUUCGACCUGCCGCUCGCCGACUUGUCAGACUAGCAGUGAUGGGCAUCACCGUGGCACUGGGGGCUGCUGCAUUGGCUGUUGUGAACUCUGCUCUGGAGUGGGCACCUAAACUCGACCUACUGUUCCCUUAGCAUGCACCAACCAGACCUAUCUCUCUCCAAGGACUCUGGGAUGGGCUGUCUUCAUUUCUUUUUUUAUUUAUAUUUGUGAGGCCUAAUUAAUGUCUUGCUAAGAGAGAUUACAGUAAAGUGUUUUUUCCCGCCAUCAGUCGAAGCUGAGGAUCUGGAAUGGAUGAUGAGUAACACACUACUGAGCCAUGAGAAGUACUUGUGUUGUGAGAGAGAAACAGUGUAAGUUUUUAUUUGAACAGGUUUGCCUAAAUAUGAAGUUGAAUUGUUGUCAGAAGUAAUCACAUGUAAAUGCAGCCUCAAACUAGUAAUUUUAUGAAUUCUGAAUCCAUAGUCAAUUUUGUAAAUCUCUAAUUUGUCAAGAUUUGUUUGCUUAUCAUGUGAUAUUGAUUUUGUACAGUACAUCUUGUACAAUUGGUUUAUACUUUACUCUUUUACACUUUCGGGACCCAUCCACUUGCCCCUACCUCCUCACCUUUCUGGAUCCAUCCACUUGCCCCUACCUCCUCACCUUUAUGGACCCAUCCACUUGCCCCUACCUCCUCACCUUUCUGGACCCAUCCACUUUCCUCUACCUCCUCACCUUUAUGUACCCAUCCACUUUCCUCUACCUCCUCACCUUUCUGGAACCAUCUACUUGCCCAUACCUUCUCACCCAUCUGUACCCAUCCACUUGCCUCCUUACCUUUCUGGACUCUUCCACUUGGCCACACCCCCAUCAGUUCUCUGAAGCUGACCACUUGACCUCGCCUCCUUACCUUUCUGGACAGAUCCACUUGGACCCACACCAUCAGCUCUCUAAAGCCAGCUACUUGGCCAUGUCUCUUUACCUUUCUGGACAGAUCCACUUGGCCACACAUCCAUCAUUUCUCUAAAGCUGGCCACUUGGCCAUGUCUCUUUACCUUUCUG